UAGGAUAUAAACAAUGAAGAAAUUUGAACAUGUAGAAAAUCAGAUAAAAAAUUUCUAACAUAUGAUUCGCUUAAAAAUUUUAAGAAAAGGAAACCAUUCGAACUAGUGUGUUCUUGUCACCUCCUGUUGUCCAGACGUCUCGUGUUUUGUUUUUGUGUGAAUUUCCAAAAUCCCCACCAUACUACAAAAUGGCAGCCGCGUCUACACAGCUCAUAAAGAAUAGACAGGUCGACAAGAGGGCAUUCGAGGGAAUCAUGGGGAUGUUCUGGAAUGCAGAAGUAAUGAUAACAGACAUCGAACUAGAACCAGCAACUUCCAGAGGAAACAAUUUCAUAUCAGAUGCUUGGAGGGUUAAAUUCGAUCACAAGAAGAGAAGGAGGCCCCAAAGCGUUAGCACAACUAAGGAAGUGCCUGAAUUAUGGGGUAGAAAAUACACUACAAUACGUAGAGAUGAGGUUUACGAUUCGAUUUUUGUAAAAUCGAAACCUGAUAAUGAAGAACACAAUAAACUUAUGCAUACAGAAAUAGCUUUCAAGAAUGAAAUAGCUGCUUAUGAAAAAAUAUUAAUGGCAUUAGAUGUAUAUGCCAGUCAACCUUUACGUUUGCCUACAUACGUACAUGGCAAUCCCUCAAAUAUAAUUCUCGAAGAUAUGGAACUUAAGAAGUUUGAAUCCAUGAACAGAAAAUAUGUCACUUCUUGGGAACAAGUAUGGUCUCCAAUCCAGGAAAUGGCUAAAUUACAUGCAGCAUCCAUCGUUAUGCAAAAACUGAACAAGCCUUAUUUCGAAGAAAUGAUCAAAAACAUUAUUGAAAUUCCGUUGAAUGAAACAAAAAAACUUGCAACGAUGCAAGCUAGUACAAUAGAUACAACUAUUCAUCUCCUUAAAGUGUCCCAUGAACCCAACGCUAAAGAGCACAUAAAAAUAUUGAAUGAAUUGAAAGAAACAGCCUGGGGUAAACAGAGAGAAAUAAUUAAAGAAAAGGUUCCAAUAAUGGUAGUAAACCACGGAAAUUUCUGGAUAAACAAUUUACUAUACCGUAAGAAUAUGGCGAUGGUUCUGGAUUGGCAACAUAUUGUUUACAGUUCGCCAGCAACAGACCUAUGUUUCUUUCUCUACGUUAAUUUUGCCACAGCAUUUUUAACUAAUCAGAGACGAGGCCUUCUAGAUUAUUACCUAAUGCAUUUACAUCAAUCGAUCUAUGAUGUGUGCAUAGCAAGAAAAAUGAGCAUAUCUGACAUAGAUGAGAUGUUGGCGCCUUUAACAUUUGAAUGGAUUGAUAGUGAGAUUAAAAGAUGUAGUUUAUGCGGCUACAUGAUGGCUCAGUGGAUAAACCCCAUCUUCUACUGGAGCGAAGCUGUUUUCGACGUGAUGGUAAAAGUGGGAGGAAUGGAGAAUAUGUCAGUUGAAGAAAGAUUAGAGAAUAUGACUGAUGAACAACAGGAUAGAGUUAUACAAUUGACUAAAAUAUUUAUAAAUGAAUACAACGGAAAUUGAAAAUUGAAAUUAUAUUCUUAAGUGUAAUUUUUAUAUAUGUUUUUAUUCAUUAACUUUGAUAUUUACCGAAUGAUUUUACUAUUAAACUUUAUAUUGUUAGACCGAAAUUCCUGAGAUUUCAUUUAAUUCGUCUUUGAUUAUAUCAAUUUCUCACUGAA